AUGUUCAUACGCAGCGGCACACCGGGAUUUGACCUUUGUGCUGCUCCUGUGGGCCACACCACCAUGGGUGGGCUACGGGACUUAUAUGCAAGCUCCGUUUGUUAUGGACUUGGAGCAUGGUCUAAGGCAAAUGGCCUCAUCCUCAAUGAAACCAAAACAAAAUGCGUUAUUUUUCAUGCUCCGGGAAGUUCUACUACAUUGCCAGAUAAUAUUGUCUUGGGUCCGUAUAAAAUUAACAUUACGUCAUCCAUAAAAACCCUAGGCGUAAUAUUCACAGCGCAGAUGUCCUGGAACGAACACGUUAGUCACGUUUGCUCAAAGGUACGAAAAGUUGUUGGUGUGUUAAAUCGGAAUCGAAGUUCAUUACCUUUUAAAGUUAAGCGUCUCAUUUAUCAUGCUCUUUUCCAUUCACACCUCAGUUACUGUUUCCUUAUAUGGGGUAGCACUACCGCGCAAAAUAUUCAAAUGCUGGAAAUACUUCAAAAGAAAGCGAUUCGGGCGAUAGCAAACGUCUCUUUUUUUGAACACACGCAAGAGCUUUUCCAACAAAACAGAAUAAUUAGAGUUCGUGACAUAUAUAAGUUCAAAACAUUACUAAGCUAUAGAAAUGCUAUGUUGGGAAGACUCGAUUCAUUCCUAACCCUGGCAACUUUACAAGAAAGUAGAAGUACAUAUUCAUAUCGUCACCAGGCACCAUGGCAGAUCCCUUUCUCGUGUACUAAUUAUGGCUGUCAACGCCUUAAACAUACACUACCUUCCCUGCUUAACUAUUUCAACCAACAAAAUGUUGAUGUGUUAUCUCUAAACAAAACUAAAAUAUUGGAUCUGUUCUUAUAG